ACGGGUGCGUAAUGGGUAAGGGGCUACACGGCAGUCCGGUCUUCAUGAUGUGGGGGAUCACACUGAUACUCGUCUCCUCUGUUGCGGCUCAGGUGACAGCGAAUGAACCUGAGGUGCAUUGUGGUGAAUCUCAUGAUUUUCCUCCGGUCAGUGACACUUCUCCAUCUUUCCUGGCGGACAUGAAAGCUGAGCAAGUGGCAGGAACACAUAUGAUUAAUAUAAGCUGGGCAAUCAACAUUGAUGGUAGCAUCCAAUAUUUGACAGGCACUCGUAUCGUAAUGGAUUUCUCAAUUUACCUCUGUACAUACAACCCACCUUUGAAUGAGACAACCUCCACUUCACAGAAAUGGUUUCAUUAUUUAGUAAAAGCAAGCCCUGGCUACUACUCUAUUCAAGUUGCCAAUCUGCCUUUACCACCGACUAACAGCGGCCUGUCUUACAUAUACAAGGAAGUUACAAUACAUAGUACAACAAACCGUAGAACCUCACCAAAGCCUCCUGAAGUUAAAGGUAGAACCUCACCAAAGCUGACUGAAGUUCCUAGAAUUAUGAUGAUUGCUGAGACCCCUACUCCAGAACCGAAAGCACCAUCCAGCCGCACAGUGGCGGCCAUUUUUGGAGGACUGGCCUGUUUGAUGAUCCUGACUUCUUGCAUAAUUUUCUUGUGUUGCAACUUAUCACAGAGAAGCUAUGGAACGAACCUCACUACAGCAUUGCGUUUCAAGAGGUUGCCUACAUCUCCCACGGUUCCUGUCUCUGUCCUCAUGGUCUACCCUGCUGAGAAUUUAGCCUUCCAGCGGGCCGUGCUAGCCUUGGCAGAGUUCCUGCAGUGGCAUGGUGGCUGCAGUGUGGCUAUCGACAUGUGGCAGCAGGGGAAGAUCGCCGAGCUGGGGCCGAUGCGCUGGCUGGCAGAACAGGCCAAGGCUGCAGAGCAAGUUCUCAUCAUCGCCCCACAGCCCUGCGACUCUCCUCCCAACAGUAGCUCCCCAGGACCCUCCAUCCCAGCUGCAGCUCAUGACCUUUACCCCCUGAUUCUCAACAUGGUGGCGAGUCACGCAAAGAGUGCCACAGAGCUGGCUCAGUUCUGGGUAGUGCAGAUGGGUGAGCAGCAGGACAAGAGGCUCGCUAACCUGCCGCUGGAAUUGGGGGCCUGCAAGAGUUUUUGUUUGAUGAAGGACUUGAACAAGCUCUGCCAGAGUCUUUAUACUCAGAGGCAGGAUGACAAGAAGAACACAUUAGAUCUGUUCUUUAGACCAGGGAUUGCCUACAGUGAGAAGGAUACAGUGAAGUUAAGAGAAACUGUUGAAAAGCUAAGCGGACAUCAGCCAAGCAUUUCCAGUGAGCCUCAACCAUUAAAAUCUGUUAUCUCUGUUUGAA